AUGGGGUGUCUACAAAACCCCACGAUCACUCUACAACAAGCAAAGGUUUCUUGGAGAGAAUUAUUUGUGCUUAAUCAUCACGGUGUCCAACAGCCAAAUGCAGAAGUGACAGAGCCUCCUAUUUACCGAUGGAGUCCUCCAAGUCUGGGCCAGUUUAGGAUUAACUGUGAUGCCAGUUUUUCUAGAGAUGGGUCGAAAGCAUCCCUGGCUGUUAUUCUUCGGAAUUGGGGAGGAAAGCUGGUAGAUGGUCGUACUUCUACUGUUCAUGUUUCGUUAACCCUGCAAAGAGAAGCCCAAGCGGUUCGAAUGGCAUGUGCCUUUUCUCAAACCCUCAACCUCAGAGAAGUCAGUGUGGAAGGGGAUAACAAAUCAGUCAUUGACUUAAGUGUAUCUGAACUGGUUCCUCCAUGGGAUUGCCUGGCCAUUAUACAUGACAUUCGCUCUACAAGGUCUCGAAGGGAUAUUUCUUUUAGUUGGUCGCCAAGAAGCACAAAUCAUGUGGCCCAUUAG